UAAUGUUUAAAGUUUAGAUAGAAUACUAGGGACAUUCAGAUACCCGUUCAAAUCUGGUUUAGGUAAUUCCAAUUUUGGAUAUUUCGGUUUAGAAGUCUACUAUCCAUUCAUGUAUUUUUUGUUAUUCAUGGCAGAUUUGGUUUGGUAAGAUUUGAGUUUAGGUAUUUCAAAAUGUAACUGAAAUAUCCAAAUUUUGUGUUAAAAUAUUUAAAUACAUAAAUUGACAUAUAUUAAGAUUUUUUCCAUUUGAAUCUAUAUUUAAACCCAAAGUAACGUAAACAACCAAAAGAGUGGUGAUGGUCUGGUCAGCCAAGCCAACGGGACAACAUGUCCCUAAAUUUUUUCCUUACCUUCCUUGCGUGAAUCAUAUUGCGAAUGACCCUAUCAAUGCAUUUGAAUAAUGCCUCGGGAGGAAUGUGGAAGUUAUUGUGGAGUACAUUAUUUCUUUGCUUUCCACAUAUGGAAAAGUGUGAAUUGAGCCGUGAGACAGCGAAGAAGCUUGGGGCAAUAUAAUCAAACAUGUCUUUAUGAUAAACAUGUUUGUUUUCAACAUGGAUGAAACACUGUUGAUUUAAAAUUCUCAAAUUCAAAACAGGCUGUAGUCUUUGAACAGACAAAAGUUGUAAUUCUCUUUUGCAGUUUUGUUUAAAAUUUAAAAUCUGCCUGUAGUCCACUAACCCACAAAUUAUAUCGGAUUUGUACCCACGAUGAGCCGAAAUAACAAGUGUGUAAGAAAUUGAAACCAUGAUAGGUUGGAUUGAAAUACUUAGAUAAAAUCUGAUCCUUUUGACUAAUUAAAAUAAUUAAUUUAUUAUAUUUAAAUAAUACAAAUUUUUUAUUAUAUUAGUAACAAAAUAUAUUUUAAAUAAACACUUUUAAAUUUAUUUUUAUCAUUUUGAGUUCAUUACUAUUAAUGGCGGAAGCUCUAACCGUCUUCUCGGCUCUCAAAUCAGCAGUUUUAAUGUUUCAAGCAUCAAAAUUCACUUUGACAACCAAACUCUGAUCAAAGUCAUCAACAACAAACUCUUCGACAAAGAGAUAUACGGGGUGGUUCGCGACAUCCAAAUUCUCUCUGCUCUGUUUGUUGAUUUUUUAUUUGCUUCUAUUCAUAGGGUUGAGAAUUGUAAGGCUGAUGCUAAUUGCUAAAGCCACACUCGGGAACCCAUUUAGAUGUACAUGGUUUGUUGGUGUACUAAGACUCUUUUAAAUUAAUGAAUAAGUUGUCCAAAUAAAGUAAUAAUUUAAUGAAAUACUUUUGUUGUCAUCAAAAUAAUAUAUCAAAAUUUUCAAAUAAUAAAAGAUAGAAAAAUUAAAACGUUAUAAUAAUCUAACACUACUAAAAGCAGAAUAAGCAGUGCAGGGAGCAUGCCACGUCAGCGUUUAUAUUCGAACCAAUCAGAGACAAACUUUUUUACACGUCAGACGCUCGACGCUCGCGGUAUUAUUUGUUCGAACGUGGUGGGCUUCAUCUGUUGAGGUUAUUGGGCUUCAUUAGAGUUUUGUGUCGUCAACCCAUGAACACAAAAGAAACCUCGGAGUCUCCGUCGACGCUUAUCGUCUCUGCCUCUUCGUCUUUUCAUCGGCUCUCUGUUUACGUUUUCGUUUUCUCCGAUCGCAGAGCCGAGAAGCCGAGAUUUAAUCGAGCAAAACCAACACAAUGAAUACCUCUUUUAUUAUUUCGUUUCACCUCCCCUUCUUCAUCCUUCUUUAUAAAUUGAUCUUUUUAUAUUCACACCAAAACCCUAGAACCACCCGAAACUCGAUCCAUGGCGAUGAAGAGAAAUGGGAAGUCGCAUGUCUCCUCCGACUCUGAUGAACAAUUCAUGUCCUUCAAGGAUGUCUCUCUAGGUCCCCAUGAAGCUCAACUACGCUUCCGACUCAUCCAUUUCUGGGAGGCUCGGAACCCGGUGAAGAAGACACUGAUUGGCCUCGAAAUGCUCCUCAUCGACGAACAGGGAACUGUUAUUCAAGGAUUCAUCCCACCGGGGCGAAUUAAGAAGUUCUUGCCAGAUAUGAAACGCGGAUCAGUUUACAAGCUCAUCAAUUUCUACGGAUCGAAAAACAAACCGAUGUAUCGGGUUGCUGAUCAUGUCGCAACCGUGUCUUUCGCAUGGAACUCUGAAAUGUCGGUUCUUCACGAGAUUCCCAUCUCUUUUGAUGAAGACCGUUUCAGGUUUCAUUCACACGAAGAUUUUGAAGCCAACUGUGAUCUCAAAGGUGACCUCUACGAUGUUAUUGGCCACAUGAAGCUGGUCGAUGGACAGACUCUUAUUGAGCGUCCCAGCCUUGACGAUGUGAAGAUUGCUACCACUCGGCAUAUUGUGAUUCAUGUGCAGUCGCAUGAUGGACCUGUGCUGAAGCUCUACCUUUGGGACCAGGCUGCAACAGACUUUUGCAAGAAAUUCAACUCCUGUGAAAACACUCCGACAGUGCUUUUGGUCACAACUGUUAACACUAAACGUCUCGGAGGUAAUUAUUUACUAUCCUUAAAACGUUUGCUUCUUUAUCAAUGGUUGCUAAUUUCCACUCAAUCCUUUUUAAUGAUUCUUACAUUAUUGAACAGGAACCCUUGCCCUAUCCUCUAUGUCCUCCACACGGGUCUUCAUGGACUAUGAUGUCCAACCAACUAGGGAUUAUUUCACCUGGUAUGUAUAUCCGUCUUAAGCAUCUCUUCUAUACAGAUUCAUUUGAUGCGUAGACUUACACUUAUAGCAGUGAUUGACUGACGCACUGCUUUUUAUUUUGUUUCAGGCUGGGCUCUAACCCAGAGAUUGCUAACCAAGUUUGCGCAGACGUCAUCACUAAGCGUGAGACACUGUCUAUAGCAGAAAUAUUCUCCUAUAUGACUCAGGAAUCUGCAAAGGUAAAAGUAAAGCUGUAUUACUUACUCUUUUUAAACACUGAUAUAUUUUAAUCUCAUACUAAUAAACUUUCGCAGGCUGCCUUUUUUUAGUGCACUGCUACUAUUGAUGAUGUUGUUCAUGGCUCUCCUUGGUACUACAUUGCAUGCAGUGGGUGCCAUUCUAAGGCUACCCCUGGCCCAAGUUCGUUGAUUUGUACAAACACAAAAUGUCAGAAGGUUAACACAACUGGCGUUCCAGAGUAUGUUACCUCGCCUUAAUAUGCAGUUACGGUUUCAAUAGUAUUAAUUUUCAAUUUUUGAAUUUUUGACGUUAGUUUCUUAUUCUUUCACAACAGGUACCGGGCUAAGAUUUCUGUUUAUGACAACAGUGAACAAGCUUUCUUUGUCUUACUUGGAGAUGCUGGUCGGAAGUUGACUGGGAGGCAUGCAUCCGAGUUAGUUAGCAGCUACUUUGAGGUAACUAGCACCAGCUUAUAAUCUCAAAUGAUUUUUUAACUUUUUCCGUUGCUUAGCUCCCAAGUUGUUUAAACUGACACUAUUAAACUUGAAUGUAAGGCUAAUAAAAGCGAAGAAGCUGAUCAUGAGGUGCCUGUCCCGGAAGCUCUAAUCAGCACCAUCGGACAGACACAUAAGUUCUGUGUGAAAGUUACUGACCACAAUUUCUCAGGCAAUACUCGAGCGAUAACUGUCACCAAGAUCCUCUCUCUAGACACACCAUCACCCACGGAAGCUUCAGUUGGAAAUGACAUUGCUGCAAUGUCCGAGGGAGCAACGCAGUCUGGAGACGCCGUCUGUGAACCUCAUAAAGGCGGUGGAGACACUGCAGAUGAGGAGAGUAAGCGGGCGUGUAGCAGUGCUGAUCCAGAGACAGCUAAACGCCCAAGAUGUGAGAAUUAGAGCCUCUGCUCACAGAUGCAGUUUAAGUACUGAGUUGGUUUUUUUAAAUUUUCUGCUGUUUAAGUACUUUUUUGGUUAAGUUAAAGACAAUUCUCAGUUUUUUCAACUUCAGACUUUGCAUUUCAAUAAUUUGAACUAUCUUUCUUAUAAUCUCUAUUGUUUCUUAUAAUCUUUGUUGACUUUUACAUAUAUGAGCAAAAUAAAAAACAGAUUGAUUUUCUAUAUUUUUUAAAAUCAAUUUUGCCGUGAAUUCUUAUCAGGAUUCUAUAUUCCUGUAAUCAAUUGUACACAUUUAUGAAAUUUUGGAAAUGAGCCACAUUCACGGUGAUAAAUAAUAGAGAUAUAGGCGCUUGCGAAACUUAAGGAAAUUAGCCACAUUCACAUGUAUCAUAUAUUCUUAUGCUUAGAAAUAAAAAACCCUUAACCUAACUACUCUUCAACGCCUCCCUCAGCCCAACGCUUCUCGAAUUCACUUCUGCUUCAAACAGGUAUUGUCCAACUAAUAUUUGCCAUUCUCAUUUAAUUUAUUAUUGUGUAUAUUGGUUUCAACUUAGCUGUUUUGAUCUCUUUGCCGUACAAAUCUCUCUUUAACUUUUUAUGGCUCUUCCUUCUUGAACAAGAAAGUGAAAGACAUAUAUCUCAUUGAUAAUAGGUUGGUUAAAAGAUCAUUGUUUCAACGAAAUGAAUAAUCCACCCAAAGAUCAACCCAUAGAAACUGCAGGUAACUAUAUAAUCUCCAGACUCUUUCUCUCAGAAUUUUUAUCUUUUGCCAAGGAUCCAGCAUUUUUUUUUUUUGGUUUUUAAAGGUGUUUAAUCUUCUUUUUGAUCAACCAAUUGGAAUAUCCAAUCCAAUUAAACCAUAUUUUUUAUUGUAAAUAUUUCAGACACUAUUAAACAUAAAAAAAUGAACCGAAUAUAUUAUUUUAGAAUAUACAUACAGGAAAUAGUAAUACUCUUUCUAAUCUAUUAUAAAUAAUAACAAAAUUUAUUUGCCUGAUAUAACAAUGCAAAUUUUCGUAUAAAAGUUUUUAUAUUUGAAACCAAAUGUUAUCAUACACGCUUAAUAUUUUUCUGAAACAAAAAAAAACUCAAUAUACUAAUUUAAUUUUUUUAUUAAAAAGAAGAUUUAAUUUAUUUCUUAUCUCGAGAUCAUAUCUGUACAAUAUUAUUUCUAUAUUUUCUGUAAUUAUAAAAUAUCAUAGACAAUUACAUAUUUAUGAAAAAACAUUUCAGUAAUACAAAUUAUACGUUUGUUUUGAUAUCAUUAAUUUGUAAGGGAAAACAUAUUUUAAAUGUUCGGCUAUUAUGUAUUCCGUAUGACCCAAAAUGUUAAUUUUUAAAAUACAUCCCUGUGUGUAAUAAUUAUUGUUGAAAAUUCAUGUAUCUUAUUACAAUUUAUAGUUUUGUUUGCAAAGUUCUAAAUAACAUUUUUAAAUAAAAUCGCAUGUCUUACAGUGACAUCUUCCAUGCAACACAUUCCUCAAAGAAUCCACCAACUUCAGGAAGAGAUUUCAGUGCGUCCUAUUACAGUAUGUAUAAGAAAUGUUUGGGACAUCAUAAACCACCAAACAGAUAAUACUCAAACUUCCAUCGGCUUCCUGUGCUACGACCACCACGUAAGCCUUUUUUAACUAAUAUAUAUAUCUAUUUUCCAAUUCACCAUAUUUUGUUUAAACUACUCACUAUUAACUUAAUUGAUUCGCCACAACAAAAUUUGUUCACACUCAGGGACAACUAUUAGAAGGUCGGCUCACCGGAAACAUUCAGCCGAAUGAUCCAACAAAAUUAGCUGAAGGAGAUGUAUACGAGUUUUCGGGAUUUUCCGUCAUAAAUAAUCCACGAAAUCAGAAACUCACCCAACUGCCGUAUUACAUUCGGAUCGACCAAAAGACAAUAGUAUUGAACGUUACACUCGACUGUCCGAUAUUUCCAGUUCACACUUUAGUUCCUCAGAAUUGCAGAAAUCUAUUGCGGUUAGCCAUUACACCCACAUACUUACCAGGUCAGUAAGUCAUUCCAUUAUUAAUUAAACAAACAUGGAUGUUUAUUCUAAAAUCAAUGUGCAGAUGUCGUCGGGCAGAUAGUCAUAAUACAAAAAAUAAAACCGAACCACCCAGAACUCAAUAUUGAUGCCACGAUUGGUCUACGGAUGAACAGGUAAGUCUAACACAAUAGUUAAAACGAAAUAAUAAUUAUCUUCAUACAUACAUCUCUAUCUCAGGUCGACAAUUGUUAAACUCAUACUGUGCGACAAGCAAGCAGCAGAUUUUAGCGUCCUACAAUGCAAGAAGGAUAGGAAAUUUAAAGUUGUCAUCAUUACAAGCAUAAUUCCUAAACUUUUCUAAGGUAAAUAAUUUUACUAAACACAUCAAAAAAUAAUACAGAUUUAAAUUUUUUUAUCAACAUAACAAUAAUAUCCAAUUUUUUCCAGGCAAACUACUACUCCGUUCAUCACCAGCGACAACUUUCUACUUCAACAAAUCAAUUGAUUACAUUAACCAAUUCAAAAGGAAAAUAAGAGAACCAUGCAGCACAGAGUGAUCCUAAUUCAUGCGUCAUUCGAAUUAUUAUUCUCUUUCUCACAAGACUUAAUACGCAGAUUCAAUUACAUUUUAAACUAUUUUAUCAUUGUUUUUUUUUAGAUUUCUACACCUAUAUUAAAUCUAAAUUUCAGUUUCACUUUCGUCUUCAUAUUAGUUCCAUCGUCCUAGCCUAAUGUUACUGAUUACUUGGUGGCACAUAUCUAUUAGAACUAAGAUACCAUUUUUAAUAAAGCUAAUGAUUUACUAUAAUUCCAAUAAAACACACAAAAAUUCUAAUAGUUUUAAAUAUGCAUAUAUUUUUAUAAUUAUAGACCAGUUUUAUAGAAGAUAUCAUUUUUAUAUUUUCAAUAAACCAGUUCCAGUAUAUAUUAUAUUUGUUCAUUUUUAAAAUAAAAACACACAAAUUCAAUUAAUAUUAUAGGAAAAAAUCCGGGCGUAGCUACCACUCACGUAAAGUCACAUAUCAAGUAUCAGAAAAAUAUAAUCAUGACUAUAAGUUCGUUAAACUCACUCUCUUACAUUCAAUUGUGCGUAAACUCGAUAUACAAUACACUUUUUUGCGUUCAAACAAUCAGCACCAAAAUUUAAUAUGAUAUUUUGGUUCAACAUUUUCAUAUAAGAUAACCCGGGCGUAGCCCGGGAACGAACCUAGUAUAAUAUAAGUAUACAAGAAAGUAAUUGACCAAUAAAUCACGAUGUAUUUUUUAAACAAACAUAUCCUCAGUCUUAGAGCAACUUCAUUGGUAGAAUUAAAAUCUUGAAGUUCUCGAAUUUUUUUUAAAAUAAAUUUUUUUAUUUGAUAAAACCACUUUAAAAUCAAUCAACCAUUAAUACGAUGACAUAUGAAAAAAAAGUUCUAAAAAAUCAGAGAAAAUAUCUCUGCACAGAAUAAAUUCUCUCUCUUUCUCUUCUACUUUAUUUGUACUUUUUACCUUUUUGAUCUUUAGAUACUCUAUUAUAACUCAUCAAUGGAGCUGCUCUUACGAAAUAGAAUGUGGAAGUGAAGGGGGUCAAACGUUGGAUUCUUGGAUCAGAUUGUCAAUAACUGAUCAAAACAACCACUACUAGUUUAAAUUUCUUGGGUCUUUAUGGUAUCAUUUCGAAUAUUGGAACAAUCUCCACAUUUUUUGAUUGUACUUUCAUUCAUCAAAUUUCUUGUGAGUGAAUCUGUGUAGCAGACAGUUUAGCCAAAUUGACUGUAAGACACUUCGUAUCAUGUCCCGAUUAAGUUUUUAAUAAAAACGGUGGGUCCAACAAAAAAUCAUCUAGAUAAACCAUAAACGAUCGCCCGUACAAAAAGAUAAACCAAAAAGCAUAGCUUUUUUUUUUGGGAUCAAAAACCAAAAAGCAUAGCUAAUAAGAGUUAAUUGUAAAUUUGCAAGCCUCAUAAACCACUGGAUUCGAUUCACCGGAUUACAAUCUAUGAAUAUUGGACUAUAAACUUAAUUAGGCUAAGCGAACUAUAGAGUGAUAGUCCGUUUUAAGAAUUAUACACGAGACUAUAUAUAUACUUGCCAAACCAAAAAGAAAAAGAAAACUCUAUGUUAACAUUACAAAACAUAUAUAAUCCCCGCUGUUUAAUACCAGUUCCAUAUCUUCGAUUUGAAGGGGUGAAUUCGUAGUUGCACACUGCGCAAAAAUUUAUCAUAUUUACGUAAGAUUAUUUACGUGAGAUAUAACUUUGGCUUUAUCUUGAAAAAAAAAACAAUUUUUUUUUGAGGAAAAAACAAAUUUUGACAUCCUCAAAUGCAUAGUUUGAUAUAAUACUAGUAUUACGUAACUCGAACGAACGUGCAUGGCUAUUUUUAAUACGUAUAUAUAUGUUCGGAGACCGGCGUUCAGUAGUCUAAAUAUGUGUUCAACUUGCAUGACGAUUUGGGUCAUAAUUCUAUCCAAAUACAUCAUCAUUCACUAGCCCAGUGUUCAACUUGCAUGACGAUAACCGUUGAUAAUUUUGCUUGAAUAAAUCAAAUGUUUGAAUAUUUCUCCACCAUAAUAUAAGUCAAACGGUGACAAUAACUACCAUUUAUUGAGAAUGGGGGACGGUUUUCAGUGCUGAGAUAAUAUCGUUGGAUCCCGAGAAGCAAACAAGAAAAAAGAGUUAAAGCUUAAUUAAUCCAUCCUUCCAAAUUAAAAUUAUAACUGAUAAAAUAAAAUAAAAAGAUCCCUUGGGCAACAACAAAAGAAAGUUGGGCUCCUAUAAUUAACUAAUUUUAAUUUUGUUACCAUAAUAUAUAACAACUUAUCUUGAAUUUAUUAAUUUGUUUGUAUUCUGUAAAUAUAAAAAAUUAGGCUAUUGUGUUUUUAUUGAAAGUGCAAAACAAAAACAAUUAGGCCUUUGUUAUCAGAAAAGAGAAAAAUAU